AAAGUACAUUCCUAUUACUUUUUAGACUACAGAAAUCAUCAAUUGAGUUGGAUGGGGAAUUAAGCUCGCAAGUUAACGAUGUCAUUGUCCUGUGCGUGUAACAAUAACACCUGAACUUGAAAUAAAUGAUACUACCUCCGGUUCUUCAUCAUCAUCACCACCACCACCUUAAUGAUGACCAUUAGACUAUAUUAACAGUGACACUAAUAAAACAGACCCUCUACCAUGCAUGGGACGAUCCAUAAAGAAAAAUAAGAACGUACUUUCUCCACCUGAAUGACCUCUUGCAUUCUGAAAAAUUCCUUGCCUUCAGAGGACUGAGUGAUAGGCUGUCCUGAAACUUGUGCUACAGUAUGUCUGGAUCGAAAUGAUAUGCCCACUCUUUUCCUCUUCUGUCUAGUUGGAACCCAUCUUUUGUAUUCCUCCGGACUGUCUUUGGUCAAACUCUACAGUCACUUCACUGGACUCUAAUGGAUGGAUAUGGGGAUGAAGAUAGAGGGUUAUUAAUCUGGUACAGGAUCAAAUGAUAUGUAUAUGAGUAGCUGCUGUGUACCAUCAAUAGUCAUUGAAACCUGCUCUGGAACCGCAGGGAUAGUCAGGUAUUUUACCGGCUGAGCUAAUGGGGCCUCCUCAGCCACGUUGGCAAGUCCUGUUCCCUUCUUCUUUCUGUGUCUCCACUUCCCCCGUGAGGACGUUAUGUCUCGUGGUGGCCCUCAUGGUUGUCAUGGCGACACCGUGCCCCAAGAGCUGUCACUGCUCGGAGAGGAAUGGCGUGGUGGUGCAGUGCGUCUCCCGGAGCCUUGACCAGAUCCCUCCGGACCUACCGGAAGACACCGUCACCCUCCUGCUCUCGUCCAACCGGAUCAGCCACAUCCCCAACCAGGCCUUCAAGGACCUCCGCCGCCUCAAGGAGCUGGACCUGUCGCAUAACCACAUCGAGAGUAUCGACGCAGGGGCCUUCCUGGGGGUCUCCGAGGGACUCCGCUCCCUGGACCUCUCCAACAACCAGCUCCGCAGCGUCCCCAAGGAGGCCUUCACCAAGCUGAGUGCCCGUAUAAGACUCUCCAACAACCCCUGGCACUGCGAGUGUUCCCUCCAGGAGGUACUGAGGGAGCUGAGGCUGGACCCUGAGACGGUCAACGAGGUGAGCUGCCACACCUCUGUCCAGGACGAGUACGCCGGCCGGCCCGUCAUUCAGGUCCUGGACUCUGGCAUCAACUUCUGUAACUUCCACCACAAGACCACCGACGUGGCCAUGUUCGUGACCAUGUUCUGCUGGUUCGCCAUGGUGAUCGCCUACGUCAUCUACUACGUCAGGCACAACCAGGAGGACGCGAGGAGACACAUGGAGUACCUCAAGUCUCUACCCAGAUCCUCCCAGAUCAGCAAGGACUUUGACACAGCCAGCACUGUGCUCUAGCAGUGCUCUAUGUGUGGUGGCAGUGACAGCGGUGGGGGUUCUUACAUGUCCAUGGGAUAGUAAACACAGUGGCAAACUUGCAAGGUGUAUGUACAGUAACUAUUUUGAAUGUGAAGACGGGCCUCUGGACGAGCCACUGGACUGCACCUACCCGUCUGCACGUGCCUGACCGGCUCGCAGUGGGCCUCGGGUUCGUCAGUGCAAUCAACCUUUUUGUGUCGACUGUUUAUGAAGUCAUGGGGUCAAUACCUUUUGAGAUUUAUUUUUUAUUGGGAAGAAACAUGACCUCUACUUCUCAUCGUCAUAUGUUUUCCCAACAGUAGGAUUUAAUGAGAAAUAUAUUGUAUAAGUCUCUGAGAGUGUCUCCAUAUUGAUUUGGUUGUUGUGAUUGGUUGUAGUGCUAUACAGUACUAUUGAUCUAGUCAUUGUGAUUGGCUGUUACACUGGACUGAAUGUUCAUCUUGUGUCUUCAAGUGCCUAGAAACAGUAAACAGUACCUCAACCAAGGCACUGUGAAAGCAAAUGUUGAACUACAAAAUCCCUUUAAAGCUAGAAUCCUUAUCCACUGGGCACAGAUGUCAUUUCAAUGUCUAGUUUUGAUCUAAUUUUGGUUGAGUUGUCAGCUAACGUCAAUUCGAUGUGAAAUCAACAAAACAUUUCACCAUGUCGUUGGGUUUGGGUUAAAAGUUGGGGGAAAAUACGACCUUCCCUUACGUUGAUGACUUUUUUCAAAUCUAAUCAUUUUCCCACAUUGAUUCAACAUCAUCACAUAGAUUUUUGAUUUUAAAGGACGGUGGAAACAACGUUGAUUCAAUCUAUUUUUGCCCAGUGGGAGUUGUUAGAUCCAUUUUUUGACUUAUAAAUGAAUGAUACAUACCCAUUGAUUCUUAAGGAAUAUAAUGUAUAAAUGCCUCGUGAGCUUAGUUCAACUGUCGUACCCAAUCAGAACCCCAGAUAUGUGCUUUUUUUGCUUCAAUGUUUGCAAACAAGGUAAAUGUAAACAAAUACUGUCUGGCUUUAAAACAUGGUUAAAACGGUAAUUUGUUUGAUAUGUCCAUAGCUAUGUCUAUGAAUUUGACAGUGGUUACAUUUCUCCAGGCUUUUCACUAAACAGAGGGGCACCACUUUGUUAUUGUUUUAGCUGAAGAUUCUAGCUUUAAUAUGUCAUGUUAAAUAUUUUAGAUGUUGUGAAGGGUGUUAUGAAUCAUUUACCAUUACUCAUUUUGGCAAUCAAUGUGAUGCCACUUUCAGGACAUAAAUCUUUAAAUACUCAUAUCGGAUUUAGUUCCCAAACUGUCAAACACCCUUCUACAGACUUUGAUCGAUGCUGAUGUUGCGUCAGAAAGUCUAUGAUGACCAACAGUUGGAAGUAGUCUAUACUUCCUCAGUAGUGUAUGUGUUCUGUAUUGUUUUGUCUCUAUUGGUUUGUAUGUUUUGUCCCUUUAAUGGUAUGGGAUGUAGUUUAUGUUUAGGAGAGAGGAACUGAUGAAAGGAAAGUGAGAAAAGGAGACGUUCUAAUGUUUUAUUGAGACUUGUGUUGAAACGGAGAAACGUUGACCAUGAAAUCUGUCUUUGUCUGUCGUUUAGCCCCAGGGAUAUGUCUUGAUCUUGUUGCGCUCGUCUCUCUUUCUAAUUAUUCUUAGCAAAAUGGUUGUGAAUCAACCGUUGUCGUUUUUAUAUCUGAAAUAAAACGGUCUCUAACUA